AUAGGGAUGCCAAAGGAAAAAUAUGAUCCUCCCGAUCCUCGCAGGAUUUAUACCAUCAUGUCAGCAGAGGAGGUAGCCAAUGGGAAAAAAUCUCACUGGGCAGAAUUAGAAAUCUCGGGUAGAGUGCGGAGCUUAAGUACAUCACUCUGGUCAUUGACACACUUGACAGCGCUGCACCUAAAUGAUAAUUACCUUAGUCGCAUUCCACCUGAUAUUGCCAAGCUUCAUAAUCUGGUUUACCUGGAUCUGUCAUCCAAUAAACUCAGAAGUUUACCAGCAGAACUAGGAAACAUGGUGUCUCUCAGGGAAUUGCUUUUAAAUAACAAUCUGUUACGGGUUUUGCCUUAUGAACUUGGUCGGCUCUUCCAGCUACAAACUCUAGGUUUGAAAGGCAAUCCUUUGUCACAGGAUAUUCUCAACUUAUACCAGGACCCAGAUGGAACCCGAAAGCUACUGAACUUCAUGCUUGACAAUCUUGCAGUUCAUCCAGAGCAGCUUCCUCCGAGGCCAUGGAUUACUUUAAAAGAACGAGACCAAAUUCUGCCCUCAGCAUCAUUCACGGUUAUGUGUUACAAUGUGUUAUGUGAUAAAUACGCUACCCGGCAGCUAUAUGGCUAUUGCCCAUCCUGGGCAUUAAAUUGGGAAUACAGGAAAAAGGGAAUUAUGGAAGAAAUUGUUAACUGUGACGCAGAUAUCAUUAGUCUUCAGGAAGUGGAAACAGAGCAAUACUUCACUCUCUUUCUGCCAGCUUUGAAGGAGCGUGGAUAUGAUGGAUUUUUCUCUCCAAAGUCACGUGCCAAAAUCAUGUCUGAGCAGGAGAGAAAGCAUGUGGAUGGUUGUGCAAUAUUCUUCAAAACAGAAAAAUUUACAUUGGUGCAGAAGCAUACAGUGGAAUUUAACCAAGUGGCAAUGGCUAAUUCAGAUGGAUCCGAAGCUAUGCUGAACAGAGUAAUGACAAAAGAUAACAUUGGUGUUGCUGUGGUAUUAGAGGUCCACAAAGAACUAUUUGGAGCAGGUAUGAAGCCUAUUCAUGUUGCAGACAAACAGCUGCUUAUUGUGGCAAAUGCCCACAUGCAUUGGGACCCAGAGUAUUCUGAUGUGAAACUCAUCCAGACCAUGAUGUUUGUCUCAGAAGUUAAAAACAUUCUGGAGAAAGCCUCUAGUAGGCCUGGCAGUCCAACCGCAGAUCCUAAUUCCAUCCCGCUGGUGCUAUGUGCAGAUCUUAACUCAUUGCCAGAUUCAGGUGUUGUAGAAUAUUUAAGCAAUGGAGGAGUAGCAGACAACCAUAAAGACUUCAAGGAACUGAGGUACAAUGAAUGUCUUAUGAACUUCAGCUGCAAUGGAAAGAAUGGAAGCUCAGAAGGGAGAAUCACACAUGGCUUCCAACUGAAGAGCGCCUAUGAAAAUAACUUGAUGCCUUACACCAAUUACACCUUUGAUUUCAAAGGUGUGAUUGACUACAUUUUCUAUUCCAAGACUCAUAUGAACGUGCUUGGUGUCCUGGGGCCUUUAGAUCCUCAAUGGCUGGUUGAGAACAACAUCACUGGGUGUCCACACCCGCACAUCCCUUCAGACCACUUCUCACUGUUAACACAACUUGAACUCCACCCUCCACUCCUGCCUCUUGUCAAUGGUGUUCAUUUGCCUAAUCGGAGGUAG